AAGAAUAUAUAAUAUGUAUGUGGCCCUACGAAGGGUAUGGGGUUUGAAACUGGAAAGAAUAAAACAAUGGUCUGCUAGAAAAUCAUGGAUCAGGUGCAGUUUGUCUCUCUUUACAUAUUGAAAUGAGUGGUGUGUGUCAGAAUGGCGAGAAAAUAAGGGGUUUGUAGGUCUUCAAAGAAAUGGAGGGUUCUGAGACUAUCAGAGCAUCUACUCAUGUGUGUGUAGAUUUCUAAGAUUUGGUCCCUAUUAGCUAGCUAGCUAUAUACGAUGGUGAUGAUGAGCAUUGGGUUGGGCAAGACUUGAAAAUAGCUUAGAAUGGUGGUCUCAGAUUCCUUGUUAAAAAGAGACUGCUGAAGGAUCAAUUGUGGGGAGGCUCAGCAAGAAGCAAUCAUCCUCCUCUUAAAAUUUCAAACAAAUGUUAUAUAUAGCAGCAAUUAAGACAGGGAUAUAGAGAGAGGGGGGGGGGGGGGGGGGUAUAAAAGGUGAGAUUUCCAAGUUGAGGGGCAUUAUAUAUGGAAAGGGGGUGAUAGAUAGGCUUUUGUUGUAAAGACAGAAAGAAGGGGUAGUGAGUCAUAUUGCAAAUUAAUUAAGGAUAGAGUAAUGGAAGAACAACUCACCCCAUUGGCUGUGACUCAUCUGCUUCAGCACACCUUGAGAAGCUUGUGCAUUCAUGAAAACUCUCAGUGGGUUUAUGCAGUCUUUUGGAGGAUCUUGCCUAGAAAUUAUCCACCACCCAAAUGGGAAAGUCAAGGAGGAGGAGCCUAUGACAGGUCAAGAGGAAACAGGAGGAACUGGAUAUUGGUUUGGGAAGAUGGGUUUUGCAAUUUUGCUGCAUCAACAUCAGAAGUCACUGUUGGGGAUUGCCCUAGCUCCUCGGUUUACGGGAACUGUGAAUAUCAACAUUUCCAAGGACUCCAGCCAGAGCUCUUCUUCAAGAUGUCUCAUGAAAUCUAUAACUAUGGAGAAGGUUUGAUCGGGAAAGUAGCUGCAGAUCAUAAUCAUAAGUGGAUAUACAAGGAACCAAAUGAUGAAGAGAUCAACUUCUUAUCUUCUUGGCAGAACUCAGUUGACUCGCAUCCUAGAACUUGGGAAGCCCAGUUCCAGUCUGGUAUUAAGACUAUAGCCUUAAUUGCAGUAAGGGAAGGUGUUGUUCAGUUGGGAGCUUUUCACAAGGUGAUUGAGGACCUGAGCUAUGUGUUGUUACUAAGGAAGAAGUUCGGCUACAUUGAGAGUAUCCCUGGUGUGCUAUUGCCACACCCAUCAUCAUCAGCAUACCCCGGCGGCUACAGCGGCGGGACGGCGGAAGCAUGGCCAUUUCAAGCCAAUCUUGCACCUCCUCCCACAGAAUUCUACGACCACUUCAACCAGCAGCACCAAACCAUGGGAAUAGCCCCUUCCAUGAGCAGCCUUGAAGCCCUCCUCUCAAAGCUCCCAUCGGUAGGGCCGCCGUCAGCACCAGCGGCGGCGUACUUGGAAGGUCAGCCUCAGUAUGUGUUGGCAAACGGGAGGCCCAUGGAGCUGCUGAUGGGGAUGGAAAAGGUGGCCAAGGAAGAAGUUGAUCAUGAGGAGGAGUAUAGCCAUGAGAAGGAUGUGGGUGAGAGUAGCAGUUCAAUGUCAUCUAGGCACCUAAAUUUUGAUUAUCCACAUGAUAUGAAUGUGACUAGAAGCAGAGCAGACAAUAAUGGAUUUUAAAAGGGUUUUUGUUACUACUAGCUAGGUCACAUAUAAAGGAAUCAUGGAUAUUGAUUUCUAACAUUGUGUAGCUUAAUUUGAGCAAAGUCUUGAGUGGUUGCUGGUGACCUAUAUAUCUGAAUCCUGGCUUACUAAUCCAGCCUCCUUCCUUCCUA